AUGGCCGGCACGGGCCGGAGAGAGCAGCGACAAGGCGGACACAGCAAAUUUUGCAGCAAUCAAGAGUCGACGCGGCCGUCGUCUCCUCCAAACGAACACACACUCCAGCUUCUUCUACUUCCAUCAUGGCUACGUGACGAAGGCUCCCUCCAGGACCUCCAGGAGAAUGAGAUUGAGUCCAACUGGGAUCAGAUCGUCGACAACUUCGAUAACAUGGACCUCAAGCCCGAGCUCCUCCGAGGUAUCUAUGCCUACGGCUUCGAGCGUCCGUCUGCGAUCCAGCAGCGCGCCAUCGUCCCCGUCGUGAAAGGCCACGACGUCAUCGCCCAGGCCCAGUCCGGCACCGGCAAGACCGCGACGUUCUCCAUCUCUAUCCUCCAAAAGAUCGACCCGAACGUGAAGGGCACCCAGGCCCUCAUCCUCGCGCCAACACGCGAGCUCGCGCAGCAAAUCCAAAAGGUCGUCAUCGCGCUCGGCGACUACAUGAACAUCGAGUGCCACGCCUGCGUCGGCGGCACCAACGUCCGCGAGGACAUGGCCAAACUCCAGGAGGGCGUCCAGGUCGUCGUCGGCACCCCGGGCCGUGUGUUCGAUAUGAUCAACCGUCGCGCGCUCCGCACGGACACCAUCAAGAUCUUCUGUCUCGACGAGGCCGAUGAGAUGUUGUCUCGCGGUUUCAAGGACCAGAUCUACGAGGUCUUCCAGCUCCUGCCUCAGGACACCCAGGUCGUCCUGCUGUCGGCCACCAUGCCCGCGGACGUGCUCGAGGUCACGAAGAAGUUCAUGCGCGAGCCCGUGCGGAUCCUCGUCAAGCGCGACGAGCUCACGCUUGAGGGUAUCAAGCAGUUCUACAUUGCCGUCGAAAAGGAGGACUGGAAGCUCGACACGCUCUGCGACCUUUACGAGACCGUGACGAUCACUCAGGCUGUCAUCUUCUGCAACACGAGGAGGAAGGUGGACUGGUUGACGGAGAAGAUGCACUCGCGAGAGUUCACCGUGUCCGCCAUGCACGGUGACAUGGAGCAGAAGCAGCGCGAGGUCCUGAUGAAGGAGUUCCGUUCUGGCUCGUCUCGCGUGCUGAUCACGACGGAUCUGCUCGCGCGUGGAAUUGACGUGCAGCAGGUGUCGCUCGUCAUCAACUACGACCUGCCCACGAACCGCGAGAACUACAUCCACCGUAUCGGCCGUGGUGGUCGUUUCGGACGGAAGGGCGUGGCCAUCAACUUUGUGACCACGGAGGACGUGCGCAUGCUGCGCGACAUCGAACAGUUCUACAACACCCAGAUUGAUGAGAUGCCUCUGAACGUCGCCGACCUGAUUUAG